AUGAGGAACAUGAGGUGGAUUGAAUUGUUAAAGGAUUAUGAUUUUGGUUUGAAUUUCUAUCUUGGUAAAGCCAAUGUAGUGACUAACGCAUUGAGUCGGGAGACGUUGCAUAUGUCUACAUUGAUGGCUAGAGAGUUAGAGCUAAUUCAAGAAAUUAGAGAUUUGAAUUUGAUUGAUGAUAAUGGUGUUAUAAAAUUUCGUGACAAAAUAUGUGUUCCUGAUAUGCCUAAACUCAAGAAGAAUAUUCUAGAAGGACACCAAAGUGAUCUGAGUAGUCAUCCGGGUGCUACAAAGAUGUAUCAGGAUUUGAGAAAGAUGUUUUCAUGGCCUGGAAUGAAGAAAGAGAUUGUAAAGUUUAUGUUGACGAAGUCUGCUCAUUUUAUUCCGAUGAGAUUGGAUUAUUCAUCAGAGAGGUUGGAUAAGCUGUAUAUAAAUAAGAUUGUCAAUUUGCAUGGUAUUCCAUCCCGUAUUGUAUCUGAUAAAGUUCUGAAGUUUACGUCGAGGUUCUUGGAGAGUUUGCAGAUGGCUUUGGGUAUGAAGUUGCAUAUGAAUUCUGCUUAUCAUCCGCAAAUAGAUGGUCAGACUAGGAUGACUAUUCAAUUGCUAGAGGACUUGUUGAGGGCAUGUGUACUUGACCAAUGA